AGAAAUUAAGGGAGGGACGGAAAUGGAUGGGGUAUAUACUGACAGCAACGAAGUAGGAUCCGAAUACAACGGACGCUGCGUUGAAGUUUUGAAAUUGUUAUUCUUUGUUUGUGUCUCUCUGGAAUUUUUGGAACAGCUUUUGUGUUAUUCUUUCGCAUUCAGAGACAAAAGAAACAACAGAGAAUAACACACGGAGAGACAGGGACAGAGGAAUCCUAGUUCCUUUCUGGGAACGACGAUUCCUCGUUUAUGCUUCAACUUCUCCUCGCUUCUUCAACCCAACACAAUCCCCUGCCUCACCUCUCAGGCGAACUUCACAGGUUCGUCUACUUGUGGGGUUUCACUUUUAAAUUUUACAGUUGGUUUGGGAUGAGGAGAACAUUUUCCCCUCUGUAAAUUUUCAAUUUGUUGAAGGUUAUUUCUUCUCAGAGAGAAUAAAGGCUCUGUGCCUGAAUUUUUUACUGAGCUGGCACCACUAUAUUAUUAAUUGCAGCAAUCCCAAAUCAUGUUGUCAAAGUUAUUGAAAAAGCUGGGAGCUUCCAUGGGAAUCUGUUCUUCCACAUCAAACAGGAAGACCAGAACUCAUAAAAGAAGGAAUAGAUUUGGGAGACGUAGAUCCACUGCACUCCCUGAUGUUCCUUUGAAAGGAGACUACCCUCAUGGUGACUUUGUUCACUUUGAUUUUGAUAAGGGCACUUCGGCAGCGUGCCGGAUAUCCAAUGUCUCGAACCGAAUGUUUCAUCUUACUCAGCUGCAAUACCACAGCCACAGUCAACUUGAACCAAAUGGAACAUGCCAAGAUGAAGCAUGGUUUGACUCUUCUAGUAUGAUAGAGUCUGAUUCAGAUGACGAUUUUAGCAGUGUGUAUGGAGGGAGCAUCACAAAUACUCAGUUACUUCAGUAUGAAACUUCAUCAUGUUUUGUAGAUUCAGAGGGAAAAUAUGAGGAAUAUUAUGAGAGCUACCUCAAUAUUAAUGACACGAAUCAGAAUUCUCAAUCGUCUCAAAUAAAGCAGUCGAGAGUUAUCAUGGUUUCGGUGAAGAGGACGUCUGUUGAUGGAAAUGAGAAGACUGAGCUGUGUGCAUCUGAGAAGUUUCUUUAUCGUCCCAGAUCAGGGCUUCAAAUUCCAUGUUCAAACGAAGAUAAGCCAUUGCCUGGUUCUUGGUCUGCUCUUUCGCCUUCAGUCUUCAGUGUCCGUGGCAAAAACUAUUUCAGAGAUAAGCAGAAGUCCCCUGCUCCAGAUUGCAGCCCUUAUAUACCCAUAGGUGCUGAUUUGUUUGUCUGCCCAAAGAAAAUAAGUCACAUUGCUCAGCAUAUCGAACUUCCUUCAAUCAAAGCACACGACGAAGUACCUUCUCUCCUUAUUAUAAAUAUACAGUUGCCUACAUACACUGCCAGCAUGUUCGGUGAUAAUGAUGGGGAGGGCAUGAGUCUUGUAUUAUAUUUUAAAGUGUCUGAUAAUUUUGACCAAGAGAUCUCUCCUCACUUUCGGGAGAGCAUCAAGAAAUUAGUAGCUGAUGAGAUGGAAAAGGUGAAAGGAUUCGCAUCAGAAAGCAUGGUUCCCUUUAGGGAAAGGCUAAAAAUUUUAGCUGGUGUUGUUAAUCCAGAGGAUCUUCAUCUUAGUUCUGCAGAGCAAAGGCUUAUAAAUGCCUAUAAUGGCAAGCCAGUGCUUUCGCGUCCUCAGCACAAUUUCUUUACGGGACCUAACUACUUUGAGAUUGAUCUGGAUAUUCAUCGCUUUAGCUACAUUUCUAGGAAAGGACUUGAUGCGCUUCGAGACCGUACAAAGCAUGGAAUACUUGAUCUGGGCUUAACUAUCCAGGCACAAAAGCCAGAGGAAUUGCCGGAGCAAGUAUUGUGCUGUGUACGUUUGAAUAAGAUUGAUUUUGUUAACCGUGGUCAAAUUUCAAAUCUUGUAACUCUACAAGAGGAUUAAUUCAGGUGGUUUAAUGGGUAAGAGCCAGCUUCUUUCCCUCCUCUUUCAAUGGCAGAAUAAAACAAUGAAGAAGGAUGACUAGUAAAGAAUUGGCUUAUUUGGUGCCAAUACCAUACCAUUUUUAAAGUAUCUAGAGGGGAAAAAGGGAAAAAAAAAACGGGAAGAAGAGGAAGCAAAUUUGAAGAAAGUUUAGCUUUCUUUCUGUGAUAUGUAUAUAAAGGUGUUUGAAUAUAUAUUAUGAUUGUCAUGUUGCUGUAAAAAUCCCAAAUUGUACUCAGUAUGACCAAUCUUUCUCAUC